AUGUCAGAAAAAAUCAUAGUUUUCAAGAAAGAUUAGGGAUUUUUUGAGGAGUCUUUUAAUCUUCAUGAAAGGGUGUAUGACUCAUUAAAAAAAAAAUUUAAAGGAGAUAAUGAUAUUUUGAUUCUUUGUUAAAAUUAAGUAUGUUAUUUUGAUGAAACUUUUUCCGAAUUAAAGUAUAGGGUUUCAAGGCAUAAUGAUCUAAUUAUUUGUGUGCAAUCCCUUUCUGAAAUUGUGCAAUAUUACUAAUAUUUUGAAAAAUAAUAAAUGGAACAAAUCAUGUAAAUACCAGAAUAAUAAACGUAAAAUAUCUAAUAGAGUGUCAUUUAAUCGAAAAUUAAUUCAUAAAUUUUAGAAUAAAAACUCUAAAUUAAAACAAAUGAAAAAUUAUUAGGAAUAGUAACUGGAAUAAAGAAAUCAUAUUUUGUUUCGUAAAAAAAUCUAUGUGAGUCAGUAAUUCAAUAUGGUUCAGAUAAUAAUUCUUAGAUAGAAUCAAUUGUAGACACGUGCUUUUUAUGCAAUACUUAAGCUCAAACAACAAUAUAGCUGGAAUGCUUUCAUAAAUAUCAUGAAGAAUGUUUGGAAUCGUUGUUCUACAGUUAAUUACAAAAUUAAAGUAAAGUUUUACAUUGUGCAUGUUCAAAAUAUCAAAAGGCUUCAGCUCUAAAGCUUAUUAAUGACGAAGGAAGUUAAACACUAUUAAAACAUAAAUUAUUAUAAAACUAAUUGAAUGGAUUUAUUCAAAAUAAUAAACUCGAAAAAUGUUAAAACCCAACUUGCUAUUUCUAUUAUCUAAGGGAUAAUAAAGUAUAGCUGGAAACCUCUUUUUGUCCCUUAUGUUUAAAUUGA